AUGAAGAACACAAUCAUGACUUUGUUAAUUGUAACAUUGUCACUAAUCGGAUUAGCUCGUUCUGCAUCUUUUUACGAGGUUGGAGACACCAACGGAUGGACGACAAAGAUGGGCCUUGACUAUUACAAGACAUGGUCUUCUUUAAAGACUUUCUACGUCGGAGAUUCCCUCAUCUUUCAAUACAACAAAGAUCUCCACAACGUGAUGGAGGUGAGCUUCAAAGAUUACGAGUUGUGUAACCCUAAUUCAGCUCUGGCCACAUAUCACUCUGAGUAUGAACCGGUUAAGCUUAACAGAACCGGACACUAUUACUUCAUAUGUGGUGUGCCUGGUCACUGUGAAUGUGGUCAAAAGCUUGAGGUCCUAGUCAUGGCGCCUGCCUCUCUGCAGAAUCCUGCCACAACUCAACAAAACAACUCUUCUACUUCUUCUAACCCUAAACCUAAUCCUACUAUUCCUGAUCCUAAACCUAAACCUAAUCCUACUAGUCCUGAUCCUAAACCAAAGCCUUCACCGCGUUGGGAGGAUCCUCUUGUGGUUCUUCCAGUAGAUGCUGCAACAAUUGCAUCACUUCCUCACAAUGUAGCCUCAGAUCCUUGUGUGUGGAGUGGGUUAAGCUUGCUCUCAUUCGUUCUUCUACAAACCCUAGUUUUUCUUUAA